UUCUAUCGCCGCUUUUCGUUUAUAAACUUUAAAAUGCGAUCUAAAAAGACAUUUCUAUCGCCGCUUUUCGUUUAUAAACUUUAAAAUGCGAUCUCAAAAAACAUUUCUAUCGCCGCUUUUCGUUUUUAAACUUUUAAAAUGCGAUCUAAGAAAAAUUUCUAUUGUCUGUUUUCGCUUGAAAACUUUUAAAAUGCGAUCUAAAAGAGCAUUUCUAUCGCCGCUUUUGGUUUAUGAACUUUCAAAAUGCGAUCUCAAAAAACAUUUCUAUCGCCGCUUUUCGUUUUUAAACUUUUAAAAUGCGAUCUAAGAAAAAUUUUUAUUGUCUGUUUUCGCAUAUAAACUUUUAAAAUGCGAUCUAAAAGAGCAUUUCUAUCACUGCUAUUCGUCUAUAAACUUUUAAAAUGUGAUCUCAAAAAACAUUUAAGUUUAACUUUUCUAGACAAAUCACAUUUCGUAAAAAUACGAUCGCGUCCAUGACAAAAAAGUAUACACCAAGCAAAAACUACAAAUAUGCUUUUUUAACUUGAUAAAACCUGAAAUAAACAAAUUAACUUUAAUGAAAGACUUUUUUGAAAAGAAAAAAUUAUACUGGCUAAUAAAAAUUGUGGAGCUACACGAUCCUUCGUAGAGAUAAUAAUAUUAGCGUGGUGACCACGAUAGAAUGUUUGAAUGUUUGUUGUACAUAAAGACCCCGAUUUUAUCGUGGUUUGUGUGUACCACGCUCGUUACACGAACAUGAUGUUAACAAACCUUUUCACACUACUGUACUUUCACGUUUACAGGUUAAAAAAGUUCAAAGACCAGUGCCCAUAUGCUGAACAGUUUUCUACUCCUAUCCCUUUGUCAAUCUUUGAAUGCUUAGUAUGACAAUGAAUUACUUCUUUGACGCUGCGUUGUCACCAAACACUAGACUCGCCUACCGUUCAGGACUUGCCACCACGUUUCCAUCCAGAUGUUUCCGCUCGUUGAAUCUAACCUUUACUUUUAUGUCAACAUGGGUCAAAUAUGCCACUAUCAAAGACUACUUGUGCGGAAUACAGUACUAAAGUCUAAUCUGCAGAUUUCCCAAAAAGAUAUCUGACAUGGGCAAAUUGUACUAUGUCAUGAGGGGUAUUCGGCAAACUGAGAAUGUCGUAAGCUGCAAGAGACUGCCCAUCACGCCCUCCCACCUACAAGAAAUGUUAAGAUUUAUCAACAAUUAAUGUUUUUCCCUAUGUGACAAAGCUAUGUGGCGAUGCCUUAUUUUGUUUGCCUUCUUCAGUCUUUUAAGAGAUUCCGAAUAUGUUUGUCCUUCUAAAACUAAUUUUGAUCACAAUAUUCACUUUUCUCCUUUGAGUUUAGCUUCUUACCUUGCAACAAUACUUUUUACAUGACUAUCAAAACUUCUAAAACAGAUCCCUUUAGGAAAACAAUUCAAAUUAGGUUUGGGAGGAUUAAGGGUGAUUUGUGUCCUGUCAAAGCUUUCUCGCAAUUUCUUGCGUACUGAGGUACUCAUCAUGGCCCUUGGUUUGUUCUUUCAAACGGAGAAUUUGUAACUAGGAAAUUAGUUUCUGCCUUUGUAAAAAUUAGUUGGGCCUGAUCUCAAUACGCAUAACUUUAGGAUUGGUGGGGCCUCUGUCGCAGCAUUUUGCGGUAUUCAAGACUGCCAUUAAGAUCUUGGCAGGUGGUCAGGCCACUGUUAUCACAGAUAUAUUCAUCUUUCAAAUAAAGUGUUGACACAGUGGUGUUCUAAAAUGGCCAACCUUUAUGACGUGCCUAAGCUAUGGGACAUUCAGUCCAUAUAAAUUUAAAGAGUGAUCUGUGUUAUUUACUCUAGUUACAAUUGAUAGAUUAGGUCCUGUGGUUACGUACACAAUUUGUGUCGUAAUAUGGAUUUUAUAUACGUCAAGUAUUAUGAUCUUGUGUUUAUUUUGGCUAUAGUCUGUUAUUUGCUUUCUAUAGCUAUUGUAAAUUAGUUUGUACGUGUAUCUAGGCUUCUUUUUACGUCAUUGAUGCAUAUAAGCCGGUACUCACAAUGACUGACUUUUUCCUGCAAAAUACCCACACUAAUUUGGGGAUGUCGGGCUUUCUAUGUCUGCCAUAAAAAAAUUGGACAGAUUUGUGUGUGAGACUUGUUUAUCUUAUUAUUACUUGAUAUUAUUAUCACUUAUUAUCAUUACUGUGAGGCACACCCUUUUAUAAAUCCUGAUAUUACUAUUAUGUGGUAACACACGCCAGGCCAAUACUGGACCAGCUUGUGCCUGCUACCUUUAGCUUAUAAUUAUUUGAUAGCACAUGUUUAUUAGGUACAGAAAGGCACCAUGUGUGAUUAGAUGUUUAUAGUGAAGUGAAAGUGUACCUUCAUUAUUGAAGAGGAAAGAGAAAUAAAUAUCCCUCAUGUGUGAGAAUAAAUUAUUGAAUAAGUAAAUAAUUAAUAAAUUAAAUAAUUAAUAAAUUAAAUAAUUAGUUAUAGAUAAAUGAAUAAAUUAGUAGUGAGAUGUACCUCGUCAAUAGAGGAAAUGGGAAUGUAAUUCAUGCAUGAAGAGAUUUGGAUCAUGCCUUGGAAACCAUUCACAAUAUAAUGAUCUAUAAGGAUAUUGUGAAGGGCAACUAUACUGUGCAUACUCUGGGUAUAAGAAGAUGGAAAAUUGUGUAUUUUGAGAUGGCUGACAAAAAAAGAUUUGAACCAAAUUAUUUUUAUCAGUUCCGAGUUAUUUUAAUAGGUGACAGUACUGUGGGAAAGUCAUCAUUGUUGCGUCAAUUUACAGAAGGACAGUUUAUCCAAUCAUCAGAUCCUACAGUUGGUGUUGACUUUCAUGUCAGAAUUAUCGAGUUAAGUGACAAAGUGCAUGUAAAACUUCAAUUGUGGGACACAGCAGGUCAAGAAAGAUUUCGUUCUAUAACUCGUUCAUAUUAUCGGAACUGUGCAGGCUGUUUCAUUGUUUACGACAUUACGCAUCGCGAGUCAUUCGAUCAUGCAAGAGACUGGUUGCAGGAAGCCAAGUAUGCUACAGAAGAUCAAAAUAUUGUUUAUGUACUUGUAGGUCAUAAGGUUGAUUUAGAUUAUCAACGCGAAGUCUCUACGUCAGAGGGUGAGGCCUUUGCACAUGCGCACGGAAUGGUUUUCAUUGAAACUUCAGCUAAAGUGACAUGUAAUGUUGAGGAGGCAUUUAUAUUAGUUGCGCAAGAGAUUUAUUCAAGGCUAGAACAGGGCCAAAUAACGCAGAAAGAUGGAUGGGACGGCGUGAAGACAGUUCCAUUUAGACCAGGAAAUAUAUAUCUAUCACAGGAGACGUUAAACGAAAAACAAACUCCUAAGAAGUGCUGUCGAUAAUUUUUUUAGCAAUCUCUGCAGAAUUUAAAUGAGAAAAAAAACUACUAAAUGUUCUUAUUUAAAACAUUAGGUUUGAAAAACGAAUGCACCUUUUACUUUCAGCUUCAACGGAGAUACUUCAAAAAGCUUUGUCAAAAAGUUAUACUGUACUCACUUUUUUUAUAAACAAUACAAAAUCUUGGAUAAGGCUCGAUGUUAAGUCUUUCUUUAACAGGUUCAACUGUUGUUUACUUGUUGCUUGUUGAAGACCAAAUUCAUGUGUUUUCGUGCUAUGAGACUACCAUUUGAAUCACCUUUGCCGUACAUGAAACUUACAUAAAACGUACAUGACUUUUACUCCCAAAAACUAUUUUUAAAUCCCUUUUGUUUGUCUUUUUUAAAUUACUCAUUUCAUGCUGGCUGUUGCUUUCAAGUUGUUUCAUUUUUAGACGGAGUCUCAAGUUGCUUAUAUGUUGCUUGUAAAAAUACAUGUAUUGAUCAAAUAAGCGUUUAAGCGCUUAUACUAUAAGCAAUACGAAAAUUAUCUUAUAGCUAAUUUUGCUGUAUCGUAGAUUCUGUUGUUUUUCGUAGAGGCCCCUUUGUUUCAGACAGCCACUUUCGAGCAGUGGGGCUAGAGCAAAUACCGAAAAGUUUUAUACGUAUGUAUACAUAUUUCAUGUUAAUUUAUGUGAAGUUUUCAGAUCAGAGGAGUCCAAGUCAUUUGAAAAUAAUCUAUAGUUUUAUUGUGGGAAAAUAUUUAUUCCUUUACACUUUACGUGAUAAUUUUUUGUUCAAGUUAAAAUUAUUUUUUUCUAUUAAAAUUGUACUGCAUGACGUACGUGUACUAUAUUAUAUAUACCACCGUAGCUACUAUAUAGUAAUAUAAUUCAAUUUUGAUUUUGUUCAUUUUAUUAUGUUUCCAUUAUCUUUUAGAAUUAAGCUUUAUUCGUGCUAAUUUUUAUUUCACGCGGACUGAUUUUCGUGUAAUAUCACUAUGAAAUUUUUCGCGCGUAUUAAUUUUCGCGCAAGUUUUAAUUUUCGCGCGGGUUUAUUUUCCUAAGAAGUAACAAGGAAAAAGUAUUGUUUCUGUAGUAAAUUUCGCGCGCAAAAAAAUUAGCGCGUUCAGACUAGUACGAAUAAGGUUUAUGCAUUUUUAUUAUACGCUUUUUCUUUUAUAAGAAUAUGCUAUAUAAUAUGCUGAAUAUGCUCCGUGUACCACUAAUAUAUGUCUUCACCUAUAUAUAAAAUUUCGGGAGGGAAGUCGUUUCGGUGGAAUAAAUAUAAGGCGAGACAAAAAUAUGUUCUAUUUCAAAAAAAAAUUCAGCGUGUUUAAGGAUUCAGCAAUUUUGUCCGAAUUGGUCUCAAAAAGUGCAGACCAAGUGUAAAAAAGAAGAACAUUCAUAAUCAGACCUGUGAUCUCUUAAUAUAUAUACUACAAUAUGGCAUAAUUACCCAAGCUUAUAAUUUUUUCUAUAAUUUUAUUCAUUUCAGAGGAUUUCUUUCACCUGCAUCUUAGGUAUAUGAAAUAAAGCAGUCUGUGAAAAGCAUGUAGAUCUCAAAAGAAGUUGAAAUUUUUUUAAAAAAUAAAAUUGUUAGCGUUAGCAGAAAUGCGUAAUGCUAUUUUUUCUGACGCUGACAAUUUUAAGCAAAUUUCGACAUAUUCGCCAUCUUUGUUUGCUUCGUUGAUAGCAGAAAUAUUAUCUUAUUUUUUGUAAAGUUUAUUUUUACGCUGUGUUAUUAUGUAGGACAACCCUAUGUUGCAUAAAAAGAUAUAGAAUAUAAAAUAAUUGUUAAAUUCAAUAUACACACUGUCUUCGUUCAGGAGAUAUAUAAACGAGUAA